AUGCUCUCCGCACUGCCCCUCCGUGCCGGUGUUGGGUCCCAAGUGGCCCCCACAACCUUCGAGGAGCUCACACCAGGUGGGGGCAACUUCGACGCAAUAAGAAGGGCCGCUGCUCAAGCGGCCACGGACGAGGCGGCACAGCAGUGGGUCCGCGGGGCCGUUGAGGUCGCUCUGCUUCUCCUUGAACAGGUGUUCCUAGAGCUCGUGUACGUCAGGGGGGACUUCCUCUCCGCGGCGCAGUUCCUAAGGGCUACAGUGCAACCGAUGGUCACCCUCUGGGCGGGACUCCACAAGGAAGCGUGGUCACACAGCGGUAAGGGCCAGGCACCGGCUGCGGACAUGCUCAGGGAACUGUCGUCAGUGCUUACGAACCCAGAGGGCAUGGCGAGGGCCGUGUGGCCCAGUGGCGGCGUCGCGGAGGCCCGUGAACGGCUCGUCGGGAAAGUGUACGGGUACAUUAGCCCAGAUGAUCUUGUACCUUCGGGGAGACUCGUCACGCUCUUGAAACAGGCCGUGCGGUACCAGCGGUUGGGUGACGUCCACGACGACGACCAAGACGACGACGAGGACGACGGAGAGACAGUGUCGCUGUUGCAGGACAACAAACCAACGUACACACCCUUACAGUUUAAAGAACAGAAAACACUCACGCAGAACGCAGACGAAAUAUGGUACCUUCAAUUCUCCCCCGAUGGGAAGUACCUCGCCAGCGCAUCCGCGGACUCCCUCACGGACAGGAAAAUCCUCAUUUACGACGUCGAGAACGACUUCCAAGUCUACCGAGUCCUCGCGGGGAACACCCAGUGCGUCCUAUACCUCUCGUUCUCCCCAGACAGCCGCUACAUCGUAUCGUGCCCCUUCAACGAGACCGCAAACAUCUACGAUAUCCACACAGACGGGCUUCCAACGGAUAUCAACGAGACAGUACAGCAUUGCGAAGCGGACCGCAUCAAAGCUCAGAUCAUCCAACCGUGCCUCUCCUUCCAGAUACUCAUCCCAAGCAAAGCAGCCCCUAACUCGCGCCACACGAGCCACAGCGGCGCAACGCUCCCCGGUGACGACGCUUCCUCGUCAAGUCCAGGCGACACACCCACCUCCUCCUCAUCAUCGCAGGGGCACCACCAGACGGGCCGCCACACGGCAACAACCGCAACCGCAACCGCAACAACAACAACAACAACGCCGCCACAGUCGAGCUCGACAUGGCCCCGCAUCUGGUGCUGUGACUGGUUCCACACCCAGGGACACAGCGGGAAGUUCAUCGUCGGGUCCCCGGACAGAGAAGUUGCCAUCUACGAUAUCAACGAGCGGGCGAUCAUCUACAAAUUUUCGGAACAUGCAGGGAUGGAGACGGACAGGGACAAACUCUCGUCACGCCCGCGACUAUUCCACAACAUCUUUGAAGCGGAGGCGGACGGCACCCGUACGGACCACUCUACUGGGAAAUCGCUGUUCCCGCGGAUCCACGACGUCAAAAUAUCGUACGACGACAAGUACCUCAUCCUCAUGACACACCAGGGCACAAUAGACGUAUACGAUAUAUCAGAUUUGCCGCCAAACGGCAACAUGCCCCACUUCGCGCUGAAGUCCUUCGCCCCGAAGAGGAUCAACCAACUGAAGAUUCAGAAAAACAUGACCUGCGUGUCGCUUCCACAGCCGGACCCGGCAACAGGAGUCGUCGACCCGGCUCUGCAGAACUUGCUACUCGUGAACCUCAGGUUCAGCGAAAUACAGUUGUGGAAUUACAAGGAAAACCUGCUCGUGCAGAAGUACUUUGGCCAGAGACAAGAGCAGUUCAUUAUCAGGUCCUGCUUCGGAUGCGAGAACAAGCUGGUGCUCAGCGGGUCCGAAGACGGGAAAAUAUACAUAUGGGAUAGAGCACAAGGGUGCGUCCUUGGCGUGCUCCCGGGCCACACGGGGGAACGUGCAACGGCCGCAGGGUCGAACAAAAAAUUUGGUAAGAACUGCAACGUCGUUGCCUGGAGUCCGACAGACAAGCAUAUUUUUGCAUCAGGCGGUGACGAUGGGUACGUUAAGAUAUGGAGAGUGAUCAAGGGUAGGAAAUGA